AUGCCAGCGACAAACGAUCCCAACACCAGCGCGGGUGCGCUCGACUUCCGGAACGCUGUCGAGCUGCUCCAGGAGUACAAGAGCCGCGAUGGUCUCAGCGUCGACGAGCUCAUGGACUCCACCGUCCAUGGCGGUCUCACGUACAAUGACUUCCUUGUGCUCCCUGGCUACAUUGGGUUCCCGGCCUCGGCUGUCGCGCUCGAAUCGCCCAUCACUAAAAAGAUUUCCCUGAAGACGCCUCUGGUUUCGUCGCCCAUGGACACUGUCACUGAGCAUGACAUGGCGAUCCACAUGGCGCUCCAGGGAGGUCUGGGUGUGAUUCAUCACAACUGCUCCCCCGAGGCGCAGGCCGACAUGGUGCGGAAGGUGAAGCGGUACGAGAACGGUUUUAUCCUGGAUCCCGUCGUCAUCACGCGGGAGACGACUGUCGGCGAGGCCAUCGCGCUGAAGGAGAAGUGGGGUUUUGGCGGGUUCCCCGUCACAGAGUCCGGCAAGCUGGGAUCUAAACUUCUGGGCAUUGUCACGAACCGUGACAUCCAGUUCGAGGACAACCUGUCCAAGCCCGUGUCAGAUGUCAUGGUUACCGACCUCAUUACUGCCCCGGCUGGCGUCACGCUGCAGGAGGCGAACAAGAUUCUUGCGCAGUCCAAGAAGGGCAAGCUCCCCAUCGUCGACCAGGAUGGAAACUUUGUCUCCAUGAUCUCUCGCUCCGAUUUGACCAAGAACCUUGACUUCCCUCUUGCGUCCAAGACCGCGGACUCCAAGCAGCUCAUUUGCGCCGCGGCGAUCGGUACUCGCCCCGAAGACAAGGUUCGCCUUGGCAAGCUGGCGGACGCCGGCCUGGACAUUGUCAUCCUCGACAGCAGCCAAGGCAACAGCAUGUAUCAGAUCGAGAUGAUCAAGUGGAUCAAACAAGAAUUCCCCAACAUCGAGGUCAUUGGCGGUAACGUCGUGACUCGCGAGCAGGCCGCGUCCCUGAUCGCCGCCGGUGUUGACGGCCUUCGUAUCGGCAUGGGUAGCGGCAGUGCCUGCAUCACCCAAGAGGUUAUGGCCGUUGGCCGUCCCCAGGCUACUGCCGUUCACAGCGUCAGCGCCUUCGCCGCGAGGUUCGGCGUGCCCUGCAUUGCCGACGGUGGCAUCCAGAACGUCGGCCACAUCGUCAAGGGCCUUGCUCUCGGCGCCUCGACUGUCAUGAUGGGCGGUCUGCUGGCCGGCACCACCGAGUCUCCCGGUACCUCGUUCGUGUCCCGGGAGGGUAAACUCGUCAAGGCCUACCGUGGCAUGGGCAGCAUCGACGCCAUGCAGGACAAGAAGGCCGGUGGAGGCGGCAAGGACAGCCAGAAGAGCAAUGCCGGCACGGCUCGGUACUUCUCCGAAGGCGACAGCGUCCUGGUUGCUCAGGGUGUUUCCGGCGCCGUGGCCCACAGAGGUUCCAUUUCCCGCUUUGUCCCCUACCUUGCCGCCGGUCUCAAGCACUCCAUGCAGGACUGUGGUAUGACCAGCCUCAAGGAGCUGCACGAGUGUGUCGCCAACGGUACCGUCCGGUUCGAGAUCCGCACCGCCAGCGCCCAGCUGGAGGGCGGUGUGAACAUGGAGUCCUACGAGAAGAAGCUCUACGCUUAA